AUAACUCCCAGCUCUGUUUGAUCCAGAACAAUUUCUCAGAAAGCUCUCAUCAUGUACCUGUUGGUGGUGGUCAUCUCUCUUCUGCUGAGCUCUGUUCCUGCUCAGAGUCGUCCUGUUGAGGACUUAACUGAAAAGAUGUCUGGGAAGGCUGGUAACAUCACUGAAAAAGACAGUAUUUCAGUGUCAACUAUAAUCGAGACCAACAAACAUUCAGGACAGGAAGUUGACGGGGCCUUGAUCACGUUUGGAGACAUCGCCGUACCAAAAGGCUUCCAGAAUGCAGAUCGGUGCACAUCUCGUGGAUGCAAAUGGGAGAGAAGCAGAAAUGGAUUAGUCUAUGUGCCCUACGUAAUCGCCAACCAGUACUCUCCAGAUGAAAGACAAGUGAUUAAACGAGGCUUACGGUCCUUCGCGGACGUUUCCUGCAUUCGAUUUGUACCACAUGAAGGGCAGAGGGACUUUCUCCACAUACAGUCUAAUUCUGGUUGCUACUCAUAUUUGGGGCGCCAAGGUGGAGGACAAGUUGUUUCUCUCCAGCGGCAUGGUUGUGUUUAUUACCGUAUUGUUCAGCACGAACUCCUUCAUGCUCUCGGGUUCCAUCAUGAACAGAACCGCAGCGACCGUGACAAACACAUCAGAAUCCUUUUUGAGAACGUCAUACCUGCACAGGAGCACAAUUUCAGGAGAAGAGACACCAAUAAUCUGGCAACGCCCUAUGACUACAACUCUGUAAUGCACUAUUCUAGGUACGCUUUCUCUAGGAACAAUGAGCCAACCAUGAUUCCCAUUCCUGAUAGGAACGUUGUGAUUGGUAAUGCUCAAAGUAUGAGCCCCAAUGACAUCCUACGGAUCAACAGACUCUACUGCAGUUAAAGUGCUGCCAUGCUGUGUGAUGGAUGUGUUUGAUAACAGUGUUCAUCUUGUUUUUCUAUCUACUGAUACAGUAUUCGUUAUUAAAAGCCUGUCUAUGAAAAUUGGAUAACUGAAUGGGAAGUUUGUUAAAACUUCAACCUCAAAGUCACAUUUCAAAAGGAACUCUAUGGCACCAACCAACAAAGUAAAGAUUUGAAACUAUAUACCAUAGCUUAUCUUUAUGUUUAUUAAAAUGUUUAAUUCAGUUCAACUUGAAAAAUCUAUUAGAAAUAACCAAAUCAAGCACAUUCAAACCUUGUUUAUUUACAUAGUCAGGCUUGUUUUUCCAUAUGAAGGUGAAUAAAGUUGAAUCAAUAUUUUUAAGAAAAGAUUUUGGAACAUAAUGCUUUCGCAGGAUAGACUAAACAAGUUUUGGACAAAAUAAUGUUACCUCUGAGUGAACAACAUAUAAUAUAUUUCUUUUCAACAGGGGUUGGAAAUUAUACUCUUUCUGACCAUUUUUUUUAUUUUAAAGUUACUUCCAUCUGUAAUAGAGAACAUUAGUGGUUACUUCCUCACUAACUGGAAUAGCUUGAAAUUUAGAUAAAGGAAUGCCAUUGUUUUAAGUGAAAACAUUUUUACAUUUAGAGAUAUGCCUAGACCUUCAGAAAAUAUAUUGAGACAGUAUAAUAACUGUAUCAUCAGCAAGCUGACCUGAUUUAAUUUCUCUAUCAUUAAUUUUGUUGUCUAGAAAAGAGUCAAAAGCCAUUGUUUACAUGACCAGGAGAAAUAGAAAGUGACCCUCUGGAGAUGCUAAAUCUAUGAGUAGCUCCUCAUAGAAGUUUAGCUGAACUAAACUUAUAAAGUAUUGACCAAAACCAAACAGGUCUCAAUAG